AUGUCUAAGAUAGCUGAUUGUUAUACUGAUAAGAUAAAAAAUGCAUUUAUAGUUAUUAAUAGCUAUCUUCAAAGAGGUGAAUUUAUUAUAUUUGAUCUUAUUAAGCCAGAAGAUAAUUUCCUUGCAAUCUGUCUAAG